AAACGGCGUCUGCCCAAAAAAGUAGGAAACUCAGAAGUAAAAAAAAACCAAAAUCGCACCUCCAUGACCACCGUCUCCUCCGCUUUCGCCACCGUAGCGGAAGGCGCGAAGGUUGUCACACCGAGAUGGAAGAAGAAUGAAAGAAAUGGAAAGUUACGGGUGAUGUGUAGGUAUGGCGGUAGUAUAGUUUCACCUCCGCAGACGAAAUCGCCGCGUUAUGUAGGCGGAGAUACUCGAAUCGUCGCCAUUCCUUCUUCCGCGGAAACGAGCUUCGCUUCUCUUGUUAGCCACCUUACGGUUACGCUCAAAAUCUCUUAUCCUUUCAAAGUUAAAUAUCAGCUUCCUGAUCAGGAACUAGAUUCGCUUAUCUCCGUCGAGGCGGAUGAGGAUGUUCAGAUCAUGAUGGAAGAACACGGUUAUCUCUCCUCCGAGUCCUCGAUUCCCCAAUCGCGUAUCCGAUUGUUUCUUUUCCCAUUGAAAUCACAACAAUCGAAUGAAGCUGGUGCGAGUCAGGGAGAUUCGGAUCAGUGUAAAGUGGAGACCGAUAUCGAUUGGCUUGGAAUCGAAGAGUCUAAUAAGCCUAUUCGUGAAGAAUUGACUCAGCCGGUACUUCAGCACCCUAAGACGGAGAUGUGGUUCGUAGACGCUUUGAAGAGCGUGGAGAUGAUGCAGACUAGACGAACUAAUAGCGGAACUAGCGGAAGUGGAGAUGGUAACGGCGGGAUUUGUGGACAGGAGUCGAUGAUGCUAGAGACUAAUUCAUCCUUUGGCUCGACAUCAUCCUCGGUUUCGUCGAGCAAUUUACCUCCGAUAAAAAGCUCCGGCGAGGACAACAUAGCGAACUCGCAAGUCAAAUUUGCGCCAAUAGAAUCAGUGACAAGCAACGACAAUUCUGCAGUCACCCCAAUACCUUCCCACGAGCUACCAUCACACUCACAUGCUUUUGAGAACAAACCGUCUUCAAACUUGUAUGUGGCUGAGCUAAACAGACCAGUUCCAGUCCCAAUUUCCGGGUAUCCACCAUUUAUGAACCAAGCUCAACAACAACAUAUCCAAGUCAUUUACACUGGACAACCUUACAUUACCGGAAACUCACCUAUGACAUUGCCUGCCACAGCAUACCAUCACACAAACCACGUCUAUUAUCAGCGUCCGCCACAACCAUACCCAAUCUAUUACAUUCCAGUCGAGCAGUACAGUUCGAGGCACGUUCAAGCACUGCCUGUGAAACCGAGCACCGUUUUAAACUAUCACCAAGUUGAUUCCCCGGUGGUCCGCACCAGCAGCCCUCUAGCGCCAGAGUUUUCCUCACAGGUUUAUCCUCUAUCCAAACCCGUUGAUUCAUCGGUACAGACAUCAAGUGAAGCUACUCUUAAUACUACUUCAAGAGAUGCUUUCAUCUAUAAUACCGAUGUCGAUGACGACAACGAUAUAGCUCAUGCUCAAAUUUACAAAUCUCAGCCUCCAGCUCCCACAUUACCGUCUCAGUAUUAAACCAUUAUGGUAACCGAAGCUUUCAGUCAGGUACAGACACACUAUGCUUGAGAGAUCUAAGAAUCCCAUCCAUUCUCAUGUUGCUGCACUUUCAGGUAUUUGGCUUUACAAUUUUGUUUUGGUUCCCAUACAUAUUAUACAAUAUACAUGCUUCUGCUUUUCGUCUCUUUCAUUCAAGUGAUCCUUGUUUCACCUUCUUUACUCACUCUUGUUGUAAUAACACGAAGAAGUUUACGGUUUUUUCAUCUUUCUAGAAACAUUUUAUAAAGAAAUUUAUGAUAUUGGAGUACUAUUUUUGUUGUCCUUGUGAUUGGUGAGAAUUCAUUGAUGUCAUAAGAUGAACAUAUUUUGAUGAUUGUAUUGGUUAAUCUGCGGAAUAAUUAUGCUUAUCUUAUAUGUUUUACCAGCAAUCGCCCAAUUAGCAAAAAGACUAAACACUUUUGUAAGUUUAAAAUUUUCUUAUUUUUGCAAGGAAAAGUUGACUUUUCUCUC